CCGCGCUCACCGCCGCCAGCCGGGGCUCGGGCGCCCCGCUCCGCCUGCAGCCGGCGGGGACACCGUGAGCGGGGCGAGGGGACGGGGCGGCCCCCAUGGCCAAGCAGCCCCCCGAGGUGAAGGCGCAACGCGACGGCGACGGCGGGGAGGGCCCGGGCCCGGCCGCGCAGCUGCGCCCCGGCGCUCCCGCAGCCCUGCCGGGCUCCGCCACCGCGGGGCCUCCGCCACAGCGGGGUCCCCCCGCCAGCCCCGGGCCCUUCGCCACUCGGUCGCCGCUGUUCAUCUUCGUGCGGAGGUCGCCGCUGCUGUCGCGCUCCUCCAGCGGGUACUUCUCGUUCGACGCCGAGCGCAGCCCCGCGCCCCUCAGCUGCGACAAGGCCACGCAGACCCCGAGCCCCCCCUGCCAGGCGCUCAGCCACUGCCUCAGCGCCAUGGCCUCCCGUUGGCAGUCUCCGUCGCGAGCAGAAGACGUCCAGCCCGAGAUGUGGAUCGCGCAGGAGCUGCGCCGCAUCGGCGACGAGUUCAACGCCUCCUCGUGUCCCAGACGGGGUUUCUUGGAUAACCCGGCAGGAAACCCCCAGGUCGUCAUUUUGCGCCUCCUGCGUUACAUCAUCCGCCUCAUCUGGAGGAUGCAGUGAGCGCCGGGCGCGUCCCGAGGACUUGUGUUCCCAUUGGGAAAGCCCCGGGAGGACGGAUGCAUGGAUGAACGGAUGGAUGGAUGGAUGCGGGGCUCCCUGCACCACCCGGCUCCCAUCCUGCCUCUCCCCAGGACCCAUGGUGGGGCUGUCGGAUGCGGGUGGGCAUCCCGCACGGAGCUGGGAAUCUCCAGAGCAGGACUGUGUCCGGCAGUGAUGUUUACUGCUUCCUCUCCGCUCUGUUUUAUGACCUUUUUAUUCUCCCAAAGGAGCCUCAGAGAAAACCCUCCACAGCAGUGGGAUAACGGCGUUUCCUUGGCGUCGUUCCUGGAAACCCAUCGGCUUCUCCGGGAUAAACCCUGCAGUGGGGAAAAGGAAAACCUGAGCCAGCUGAUGGGCAGAGCUGCCUUAGUUUGCCUUGCAGAGACUCACGGAGCCCUCCCCUCUCCCUUUGCCUGCGGAAGAAGGAUGGCGAUGAUGGAAGAAGGGCAGAGGGCUUCCAAUCAGCACUUCUUUUCCCUGUAAAUACCUAAUGCUUCCCCAGAUCCACGUUCAUUUGCAUCACGCAAACGGCCUAUUUCCUGCUGACCGACCUUUGUUUUAUACCUGUGUUUUAGUUUUCACUCUGAUUUCAGGACUCAGCUGUCAGAUUCCCAGGGUCCAAAAUCCCACCCAACCAAAACCCCAAUCCACCAGGUUGCCUUUAUUGAGAAGUUCUUUCUAUCAGAUGUGUGCAAAUGCUCAUAUAUUGUAUGAUAUAAUAGAGAACGUUGGUGACUCAGUCAGCAAUAAGACGUACCGGAGGCAGGUAGAAACAGUUCCCAGCGCGCUGCAGCUUUGCACCCGGAGACAACGGCUCCUGCUCUUUAACAUUAUUUUAAGUCAUGGCUGGUCCCUUGCUGUUGAAGCCAGGAGGGGUUUUAAGGCGCUGGAUAUCUGUAUUAUUCCUGGGAUCCUCUCUGUGUUUCGGACAGGGCAGCCUGGAGCAGUGGGAUGAGGACAGGACCAGCAGCAAGACCUUGGAUGCUGGCGCGCAGGGAUGCAGCUGGAAGAGACGCCGAAGGAUGCUGACCUGGUAUAGAUCCAUUAACUGCUUCCAAACCACCCUCCUUCCCCUGGGAAGACCCAACCAGGUGCUUAGUGCUGUCCCAGGGCAUCUCCUCUUCCCCCUGGAGCACCCCACAGCCUUGCUGGAGGGCUGUUGGAAGAAGCAGGUCCGUCUCCUCAGCCUCCCCAUUGCCUCCGGUUCACCUUGCAAGGCGGGUGGCUGCUGCACGGUGGGUGCUGUUGGGGGGUGACUGCUGCAGCCACCCCCAUAUCUAUGCACAAACGUACCCCUCUCUGCCUCUGGAGCUGCCCUUUCCCUCUGGCUGGUGCAGGUGGUCCCCAAACACACCCAGACGCCGCGGUUUUAUCUCUGGUUUCACCAGCACCAUAGGAAUGAAGGAAAGAAGGAAAAGCCCAAGCAUCCAGGAGCGGUUUUUCCUGCUGCACACGUGCAGGGGGAAGCCGUGGAGUGCC